AUGGAGUACGAUGAUAUUCCAGAUGACUUCCAUUGGGUACUAUUUGGCAACAAGAAUAAGAAAUCGAAAAUUCAACCGAGUCAGUUGAGUAAUGAUAACGCCAUGGAGUACGAUGAUAUUCCAGAUGACUUCCAUUGGGUACUAUUUGGCAAUAAGAAUAAAAAAUCGAAAAUUCAACCGAGUCAGUCGAGCAAUGAGGACGUCAUAGAAUACGAUGAUAUUCCAGGUAACUUCCAUUGGGUACUAUUUGGCAGUGAAAAUAAAAAAUUGAAAACCGGAACUGAUUUUGUCUUAAUGUAA